AAAAGGAAAAAAACCAAUAAGCCGAAGGUAACCGCUGCAACAAUCGGCUUCUGUUUCGGGGAAAAGAGGUUUUGGAUUGGAAGAGAGAAGAGUGAAGUAAAGUGCUGUUUAGGAACUGUAUAUUAGAAGUUCUGUUACGGAACAAAAGCACUUUCCGAGUGCUACAUGGCUUCCGCUCCCGGAUCUCGAUCCGGCGGCAAAAUUCUCCGAACGCGACGGAGCGCCGCCGCGAGGAGCCGUACUCCUUACGACCGUCCCGCCCCGGCCGAGGCUCCAAGCCCUAACUGGCUCUCGCGUUUCGUAUUGUCUCCCUCGCGUUUCAUUGCUUCUGGCGCCGGGAAAAUCUUCUCCUCUGUUUUGGAUCUCGAUAAUGCUUCCCCGUCUUCUUCUUCUUCUUCUUCCUCUGCUGCUUCCUCCUCUCCCUCCUCAUCCGCUAACAAUUCCGACGCUGAGGAAGUCGGUACUUUCGAUGAUGAAAAUGAUAAACAGUCUGAAGGUGAUGUGGCGUUGAGCAAGGAGCUCCAGCCCUUUGUUGGGAACAGCAAGAACAAGCAUAUCAUCGAGCAGCUUAUUCUGAAGGAGUCAUUCUCCAGGGAAGAAUAUGAUAGAUUGAUAAAAAUAAUAAGAUCAAGAGUUGUAGAUCCUGCGAAUGACGAUAAUGGAGAUAAGAGGCCCACAGAUGUACUCAACAAGACUCCUGGAAGUGAUUCACCUGAUCUCCAUAGUGCUGCCAUUAUGGAGGCAAAAAAAUGGCUGCAGGAAAAAAGUCAGGAUGAUCCCAAAGAUGAAGGAUCACCGGUGGAUGUGGCCAAGUCAUAUAUGCGCACACGCCCUCCAUGGGCUUCGCCUUCCAUAGACCACCCUAAUUCUCAAACACUAUCUGGUGUUCAGCUCUUCAAAGAAGAAACACCAUAUCUAUUGGGAAACAAUUCUACACCGUCCUCCAAGUUGAAAAGGGAUUCUGCAGCUACUGGUUCAUGGAGUAUUCAGGAUGAAAUUCGAAGAGUAAGAUUCAGGGCAACAGAGGAUUUACUUAGGACACUUCCCUCCUCAAAAAUUGAUUGGUCUACACUUGGCAUGGAGAAUAAAAAUAAUGUAGACUCUUCGGCUAUUGAAAACAUUGGAACUAGUUUGGCAGAGAGAGUACAUAAUUCUACAAGUUUGGCGGAUGCAUCUGCUAACUUCGCCAGAGGAUUUGGUUCUCAGGUCUCUCCAGAUUUGGAGAGUAAACUGGAGGGGUCCAAACCUGAAUCAGUGCUGUCUUAUCCGGUUAACAUUAAUUUUGAACAGAAUCAGGGGUCUGUUGCUGUUCAGCAGACCAAAGGUACGCAAGAUGACAGCAGAGAAGUAACUACUUCGGGACUACAAGAUGGGUCCUCAAGUGAUAUGUACAGGGGUGACGGACUGGUUAAAGUCAAUGGCAUCAAUGACACAAAUAGGCCAGGUCAUCAGCUAGACUCAGUUGAAGAAACUAAAGAAGCUACAGAUUCUAGAUUACAAGAUAGUAACCACUUAGUAAUCAAAGAGAAGGUUGGAGCAGAAGAUGAAUUAGCAAAUGGGUUCCCCUCUUCAGAACCAAGUUUCAAUGCAGCUCAGGUUAUUGAACAGAACACAAAAACAUUGGAGGACAAGGAACCCAAUACAAAUGAUUCAAGUCAGGAAAGGACAGCUGAGGUUGUUCUCGAGCAAGAGGCUUGCAAGACAUUGCGUGAAUCAAUGGACGUGCCUGAUGUAACUGGGGACGCUGAUGGUGUUGCUUCUGGUUCGCAGAACAGUUCCAGCGUGUACGAGGUUCAACACGAUAGUUCCCAGCUGGGUGUAGUAGAAUCAGGUUUGGCAGCGACACCAACUAGCAUUGCUAAGCAAAAGGGGAGAAGAGUGACCGCCACAUAUAACAGCAGAAGGAGCAGGAGCAGGGGUGUCAAAUGAUGCCCAUUGUUGUAUUUUGUAUCUUAAAUUGUAAGUUACCGUUAGCUUAGAAAGUAGGGAUUAUGCAGGACAUUUGUUGUGAGAUUAAUUAUAUUCAAGAGUAUAUACGUCUCCUUAGACAGCUUUAUUUUUUCUUUAAUCUCUUCUUUUUUUGUCUGUUUUUUGGGGUGAUUUAAUCCGGUUCAGGAAUUGGAAUGUAUUUGCUGUAUAAAUGGUUAAAUAGCGACAUUUUUUUA